AGCGCAGUGGCAACCACUGUAUCGAGCCGCAAUCCUCCUGCACCCUUCAAAGGAGGUUAACCGGAGAGGUGCUGAUGGGUGACCUCCUAUUCCCAUCGCAAUAACACAUACACACAGAGAAGCAGAAUCCACGAAGGGGUUGCGCACGCAUUCGUGCUGCAUCUAUCAUCAUUAUUGUUAUUAUUAUUUAUUUUCAACCUUCAACCUUCGCCGAAACUUCAAAAAGAAAGAAAAAGUAUUAAACACAAAGACCAAGAAAAAAAAAGAAGACAAGUAUAUAUCGUAGGUAGUUUUGAGGUCCGUUAGGCCUUGAGAGGGCAGCUGUAUUUUUAUCUUCUCCGGGUUUGGUGCUCUUCGCGCAUAUCGCCAACCACUCAAAAAAAAAAACCCCGGCAAAUACACACACACACACACACAUACAGCGCCAUACUCAGCGGGGAAAACAAAACAAACAAAAAGAACUCACGCACGUCCGGGGAAAAAAGAAUUCUCCGUAACCUUUGUGAAGCGAACACAGGGCAAAUAUCAGUUAUCCCGUUUAAAAAAGAAAAAAGAAUUCCUCAAAAAUGGACUCGACACAGCACAACCAGGCGGCGGCGGAGGAGGCAUCCGCGAAGACAGAAGUGACCCACGCCGACCCCGCCGCUGAGUCCACGCAGCCACCAGCAAACGAAACGGCAGCAGAAACAACAAUACAUACGCGAAAGCACGAGGAAGCAGGGCAUCCUCCGCCCAUCGAGACUGUAGCUCAGUACAUUCUUGUAAACAAAUCCCAGGAGCGUCGUCACACUCACGCGACCCACAGGCGACGCGAUGGACACACGGAGCGUGCGACCGGCUUCAUCGCGUACCCGCUAGGCAUUGCAUUGUUCACGGCGUGGUUGCUUACCGUAUUUGCGGCAUUUUCCUUCGACGUUGUGUUGGACGUCUUCCAGCGUUAUCUGCUGCUGCGUGAUCCGCCGGCGAUACCGUGGAUGCUGCUCGUCUGCAGCGAUGCGGGCAUUCACCUCUUCCUCACGCUUGUCGUGGUGCUUCUCGGACGCCUCACCAAGCGCCGCUUCCGCUUCUUUCAACCCUUCGUUGGCGGCGAUGCUUUUGUUGUUCUCCAGUUUGUUGGGUACAACUGUGUGUACGUGACCGUGGUGGUGCGUGCGGUGCUCCUUAGCCAACGGCAGGAGCGCUACGGUGCCUACGCCGUUCUGGGUGCAUUUGAGGUGGUGGGGCACUGUUUGCUGCUGUGGUCGCUCUCGUUCUUUCAGUCCCCGCCCCCGCCGAAUGCAUCGCAGCCGCCGGCUUCUCUCUCCGCCAGCAUGGCGCGUGGAUGGCGAGUGCGUCUGGCGAACUCGCUGCAGCGUGAAGUAGCGUGGAUUGUGCUGUGCUGCGGCGUCGUCGUCGUUUCAUCUGUCGUUGCCGAGUACCACUCUCUUUACCGCUUCAUCAACGUACUGGUGGUGACCUGCUUUGUGCUGGCGUCUCUCCUGACGAUUCAGCACGUCAUUGUCCCGCAGUGGCUGGGCCGGCACUUCUACCACGUGCUCCUCCCCGUCGUCUUCCAGUCGCCGACCAUGUACGUCUUGCAAGUCUUUGCCAACGGGCUGCUCUUUAUGACCUUCUAUGCGGAGUUGGUUCUUUUCAACGCGAAGGAGGAUGCGCCGCCGUCGUGGCACCUCUGCUGCGGCUUGAUGGCGGUGAUGGCCAUCGGCGCCCACCUCCUGCUCGUGCAUCAGCUGCACACGUGGGUGGAAGAGGAAGAGGAAGCAGCGGAAGAUGCAGCGGCGAAGAGGAGAGCCGAUUCAGUCCUGUCCUCAGCGAGGGAGGCGAAUGAACACGAGGAGGCCACCUCAGUUCCGUCACAUCUGCCCUCUGCGGCAGCGGCGACGAUACCGCCGCGUCGCGUGUCGAGAAACAAGGAGGGGUACAAGAACGAGAUGGGCUCCUACGGUCCUGUCCUGCCGUCUCUCUUCAGCGUCGUGCUCUGCGCUAUUCUCAUCGGCAUCCUCUACGUCUCCUUCACCUCCGGGGAGCGUAUGAGCCCCUACGUCCGGCAGGGCCUCUUGCAGACCGAGGCGUUGCUCGUCACCCUUCUCUUUGUGCAGCCGUUAAUUACCCAUCUCAUGGGCGUCUUCCUCUACGGCAAGGCCUACCGCAUUUGGCAGCCGUUUGAGGGCAACCUCGACUUUAUUCUCCUGCAGUGUGUGGGCUGGUUCUGCUACGGGCUUGCCAUCUUCUUUGCCCCGCUGCACCUCAACGAGCGCGGCCACGACAACUUUUUGCUCCUCCUGAUGGCGUUCCUCGUCCUUUCGCAGUUCCUCAUUCACAUCUCCGUCGUGCGAUUCGGUCGAGGCAGCGCCGCACCCCCAACGGUGGAUACGGCGCCCGUGGCCACCGCGGAGGCAUCCGGCGGGCACGCCGAGGCAAACAGAACAGCGACGGAGGCGGCGCGGACUGACGAGGACGCCUUGUCAAGCAACCGCGCCGCGAGCCGAUCGCCCGCCCGCAGCGACGCGACGAGCGAAGGAGCGUCGGGCCCGCAGCCGUCGCCCUUUUGGGGGCGCGGCGCCGACGACGCAGCCGAGAACGCGCUCUCUUCGACGGAUGCAGCCGGCGAGGAAAAGGAUGAGGCAGCAGGCGCUCCUCACGGGGCCGGUCUGCUGUCCUCCGUCGUGAAUGGGGAGCUGCUGCUGUCGAUGGUUCUCAUGGGUGUCUCGCUCGUGAUGCGCGUCGUCGUGAUCGCCGCGGCCUACAUCCAGCACGUUAACGCGGAAAGGGACGUCAUCGGUGGUCAGGUCGGCACGGGGGCGCACGAGACGAAAUCGGCUCUCACCUCUGCACGGCUUUCGACAGCGCAGAUCCCGAUGACCGCCGUCACCGUCGCAGCGACGCUCUUCAGCGUAACGGCCACGCCCGUCGUGCAGUGGUCGAUGCGGCGCCGUGUGCAGCUCUUCAAACCUCUGAGCUACGCCUACGCGGUCCUCGCGACGUUGGGCUGGGGGGCUUUUCUGCUCCUGCUGUCGCGCUUUCUGGUGCUGUGGGGGCUGCUGGGGCUGGAGAGGGUGUCGGUGACGUCCCCCAUUACACGAGUGGGGCUGUCCUGCUUCCUGCCUUCGUCGGAGUUCUCGUCGUGGCUGCGGCAGGCGUGCGACGCGGCUACGGUGGACGCGCAGGGGUCGUACGCCACCACCGGCGAAGGGCUAACGCUGACGGCGGCGUUUGAGGGCGCUGUCGAGGGCUUCGUGUGGUGCUUCCCAUUUUUGUGUCUCCUCGCCGGCAAUCUCUUCCAGACCCACGCCUUCCUGCGCGAGGCGGCCGCGCAGGAGCGGGUCCAAAGAGCUGUGGAAUCCGUUCUGAAGCUGUUCGAAGUGCAGCGUGGUGCGGUGGGCUCGCCGUCCGACCCCGCCACGUUGACGAGCCCCUUGUCGCCGUCGACGCAGGGUCGCAAUGCUCAACUUGGGCGACUGCUGCGCACCAUCGCUGGCCCGCGUGUGGCUGCCGCCUCUGCCACGGCCGAGUUCGACAACGCCUCCAUGACGUCUGAAAACGUCCACAACAGCAGCAGCGCGGACCUGGAGGACCUGAGGGCGGUGCACGACGCGGCGCGAUACAUGACCUUUACGCUCUGUGCCGCCACCAGCGCCGCAUUCCUCAGUGCAGCGUUUCUCGCCGACGCGCAGCCCAUCAUGACGCUCGGCUUCGGCGCCGUAGGCACAGCGACGCUGGGGCUGUCGUGUGUCGCGCUGCACUACGUCUACGGCACACGCGUCCACAAGGGCACGCGGUCCUUGGACGCGUCGGCCGCAUCGCCGCGGGUGCCGGUGUACACCUUUUUCAUGCCCUUUGUGGGUGGUACGAAGUUUGUCGUGCUGCAGUCCGUGGGCUGGAUCAGCUUCACCUGUGUCGCGAGUUUCAUGAUCGCCUGCGCGCUGGAGGGAAAAGGGACGGCGGUGAUUUUUCUCGUGAUGACCGUGCUCAGCAUUGCGGCGCAGGCGACGCUGUGGCGCUCCGUGGGCUGCUUCGACGAGUCGAAGGUGCUCGAGCGGGGCUUUUUGCAGCGCAACGCGGAGGGCUUCCUGGCUGCGCUCUCCGUCGUGGCGACCGUGUCCUUCUGUCGGCUCUACGACAUGGCCGAGCAAGGCCGGGCCACGGCGCACGUCGCCACCUCGAUGGUGCCGGUGGUCGUGUGCAGCAUCGCAGUUUGCUUUGCUGUGCCGCUGGGGCUGCUGUCGCUGCAGCGGCAGGCGGAGCUCUACGGCCUCGGCUCCUUCGCGGCGUGGCUCGCGAACGAGGACGACGACAACGAUGCCGCCGUGGACGACGACGACAACAACAAUGACGAUCAGCCCGAGCUGGAGACAGGUGUGGAGGACACGAGCGAGAGGACCGCGGAGGGGGGCGGCGCGCUGCCACGUGCGGCCUCUUCUCGACUGCACAGCCGCGGCCCGAGUGCAGGGAUGGGCGCGAGCAGCUCCACGGUUGGCUCACCUGCUUCUGGUGAGGACGGCGUCUCCUCGCCCGGCCUGCCGCACUCCAUCUACUCCCGCUCCAACACGGAGACUUCGUUUUCACCGCUGCUGGGCACCCCGGGUGUGGUGCGGCGGCGAGUGUGGUCUACCCUCACGCGGCGCAGCGGCAGCGGCACGCGUCGACGCAGCCUUGCCGCGGUCGUCUUCUACCUCCUCUCCACCGUGCUGGCGAUGCUGAUUAUUGUGGUGUUGCCGUUUGCGCUCGUGUUCAUGGGAUACGCCUAUUACACGCAGCGGGCCACGGUGACGUACGGCCUCGCCGUGCGCGCGGUCGAGGCGCUGCUGUGCUGCUUCACGGCGCUGGUGGUGCUGCCGAUCAUCGUCGUGCCCGUACUCGGCCGCUCCUCGACGCUGCGCAACGUACACAGCGCGUUCUGCUGCUGGGCUCUCUACAACAUCCCGACCUACACGUUCCUCGGUGGCAUCUCGACUCCCUUCCUGUACAACUGCCGCGGCACGCACCUCUUUACCAUCAACAUGUGCUCCAUGGCGCUGCUGUCGAACCUGCCGUACAUGCCCAUCGCCAUGUCCAUCUUCAGCGUGUGCUCGUUUGUCUACUUUCUGAAGUACCACUUCUACGACGGCCUGUACACCCACAAGCAUGAGCUGGCGCCGGUGCAGUGCGUUGUCGACUUCGCCAUCGCGAUCUUCUGGCUGUGCUACCAACGGCGCUACCACGGCCGGCCAGAGAUCACCGGCCGCCUGGAGAGCCGACGGGCCACGCGCUUCUUCCAGCAGUACUUCUUCCGUGGCUUCGUUUACUACUUCUCGAUGCGGGUGAUUGUCGGAGACGGCUACGUGCUACCGCAGGAGGAGCCUUACGUGUCUGACCGGAGCGAGGUGCCCCGCGUCGACCUGAGCAACCCGAAAAAUCAGUACAUGUUCUCCUUCCACCCGCACGGUGUGUUUCCCGGCACCUCCAUGGUGGUCCCGAAGACCGAGAUAUGGGAGAAGGCGGUGGGUCGGUGCAAGGAGCACUUCGUGUCCACGCACUGCGCCGAUAUCGUCUUCAACGUGCCGCUGAUGCGUGACUUUCCAAUGUGCCUCGGCGCCAUGAGUGUCAGCCGGCGCGGCAUCGAGAGCAGUUUGAAGCACGGCAACAGUCCAUUGAUUGUGACGGGCGGCCAGUCGGAGAUGCUGCUGACACGCAUGUCGGACAACGAAAUGCACGUGGUGUGCCAUCACAUUGGCUUCAUUCGCAUGGCCAUCAAAAACGGCGUCCCGCUGGUGCCCGUCAUCUCCUUUUCGGAGAGCAACAUCCUCGACAACGUACACUGCAUCCGCCUCCAGCGCUGGUUCUUGAAUCGGAUCGCUUUUCCAUUUCCCACUCUGCCGAUCGGCCGUUGGUACCUGCCGCUGCCGACCACGAAGCCGGUGACCAUCGUUGUUGGCCAGCCCAUCUCCCCCCUUCCCGGCCGCGACAACGCCGACGACCCGGCGCACGUGGAGGAGCUGCGUCUGCGCUACUUUGAGCACUUGGAGGUGCUCUUCUACAAGUACCGUGCGAAGGCUGGCUACCCGGCGAUGGAGCUGUACCUGCACAACGGCAUCUACAACCCGGGCGUCCGCAGCACCCCCUCCGUGACGACACCACUCUUGUCGGGUACAACGCAGCGGCAGGACAAGGCGGACUUGUCGGUGGAGAUGUUCGAUAGCGCGGUGCGGCGGGCCUUCUCCAUGUCUCCCGAUGAAAAGGCCGGUGCGCGAGCCAUGACCACCACUCAGCCAACGGAUGCUAUGGACAAAGCCAUGAAGACGGCAACCACACAGGAAGCACAGAAGGUGUAG